GCCAGGGAGGCGGGCGGCGCCGUGGUCGGCAAGGCCGCCGAUAAGCUCUUCUCUCUGAGCGGGCUGUUCGCGGUGUACAAGCCCAAGGGGCCCACCUCGGCCGGCGUGCUCAACCUCCUGAAGGAGAGGCUGCUGGCAGUUUGCAGCCAUGGCGUGGCCCAGGUUGGGGAAUGGAGCCGUUCCUGGAUACGUUCUGGCUCGCUGCGUGGAGCUGCUGGGUCCCUGCAAGACUCAGUGUGUUGGUCACGCUGCACGAAGCUGGUGUGCAAACAAAUGGGAACAAAAGAAACCAAGUUUUGAAAAUUGGACAUGGUGGAACUUUGGACAGUGCAGCAGCAGGAGUUCUGGUGGUUGGUAUUGGAAAAGGAACAAAAAUGCUGAGAACUAUGUUGGCAGGUUCCAAGAAGUACACUGCAAUUGGGCUACUGGGCAAAGCUACUGAUACAUUAGAUGCCACAGGAAAAGUAACUGAAGAAAAACCUUAUGACCAGAUAACAAAAGGAGAUCUUGAAAAUGUGCUGCAAAAGUUCAUAGGGGACAUAAUGCAGGUUCCUCCGCUCUAUUCUGCUUUGAAGAAGGAUGGAGAAAGGCUAUCAACUCUGGUGAAGAGAGGGGAAGCAGUCGAAGCAAAGCCUGCUCGGCCAGUAAGAGUGUACAGCCUCUCUCUCCGACAGUUCCAGCCACCACUGUUCACACUGGAUGUUGAAUGUGGUGGUGGCUUUUAUGUCAGGAGCCUGGUCAGUGACAUUGGCAAAGAACUCUCUACCUGUGCCACUAUGCAAGAGCUGACCCGAACCAAACAUGGGCCAUUUACGCUAGAGGAGCACACCCUUUAUGAAGAUAAAUGGACAAUUGAUGAAAUUGCACGAUCCUUAGAGCAUUGCAUGUCUCUUCUCCCAGGAGAGCCAUCUCGUAAAAAAUUGAAGACAGUGCAUCCUGGUGAAACUGCUGUGAGCUGCGAAGAUAAGUGAUAAGUUGGGUCAAGGAAAAAGACUGAUGAUUGAGACAUUUUAAGAUUGGAUUGGGAUUGCCUUCCCUCCUGUGUAAAUUUACAAGUCUGUACUGGGAGGGUGACGAACUACAGUGGAAGAUAAAUGGUUCCUUUGUUUUCUGGGGUUAGAACAUGCACUGAAAAUAUCCAGUGCUUGCUGUUUCUCAUCUAUUUUCCUUCUUGCAUACUGUAAAUGGGUCUGCCACUGAUGUCAAAUCUUCAUAAACUUUUAAAGAACUUGUAGGGUGCAAUAUAGCUGUUGUUGCUAAUUCCUCAAUAAAAAAAUAAUAAUCAUUAAGGUUUGAUAAAGACUUUUUUUGGAGCACAUUUUUCUUCUUUAUAGCUGGUAAUCAAACCCUGAAAUACCAUGGUGACGAGACUGUCAUGGCUUGAAGGAUGCAAGAAUGUGGUGUGGCAAUUUGCUUUCCAUUCCAGGAUAUGUUCAUUUUAUUGUAGUUUUUCCUACGCAGAUUGUUCUCUCUGUCAAGUGUUAUCCAGAGUGUAUUAAAUGUAGACGCUAACAUUUUA